AGGUGAGUUCAGCUAACAUUAUUGCAAUUCUCUUGGUACUUUAUAUUAAUUUGUCCGUUUAUAUAUUUCAAUAUCUUUGGUUCUAAUGCAUUGGUUUUUUUUGGGUAUAGGUUAAUGGUCUCCCCCAGUGAUCCUUUCUGGCAAUAUGAUUUUGAUGAUGCUUAUUUUAACUCCGACGAUGAUGACAUGGACAGUGGUGGUUGUGGUGAUGACAUGGACACUAGUUUGAGUGAUGACGACAUGGAUAUAAGUGAUUGUGACGAUGACAUGACCACUGGUGCAGACACAGACUCGGAGUAUACAGCGAGGAGGAGGAGUUUUGGUUUGUAUUUCCACUUAUUGGCGAGAUGGUGGCAUAUUUCCAACGGCAUUACGACAAGCGCCCACAACGUACUAGCAUUUUGAGUGGAAGCGAUUAUAUGGCUGAAGUGAGAGAUGGCAAUCCUACCAAUUGCCAUGAGAUGUUCCGCAUGACACUAGAUCUAUUCUAUCACUUGGUUGAGGAGCUGAAACAUUAUGGGUACUUGAAGGAAGGGAAAGGGCGUGUUGACGUGUAGGAGGCAGUGGCCAUAUUCUUGUACACUGUUGGGCAUAAUACUCGGAUGCGGCCUGUGGCAGACAGAUUUCAGCAUUCCACUGAAACUGUGGAUCGCAAGUUCCGUAGGGUGUUGCGAGCUAUCCACACAUGGGGCCAACAUUUAAUCAAGCCAGAUCCGAAUGUGGUAGGCCUUCCAGAGCAUUUGCGGGGGAACAAUAAGUAUGACCCUUGGUUUGAGAGAAGCAUAGGAGCUAUUGACGGAACACAUGUUAGUUCUCGGCCUUCAGCGAUAAGACUCCAGACUCAUAGGAGUCGCAAGAGCACUGUUACAACCAACGUCAUGUGUGCAUGUGACCAUGACAUGCGGUUUACAUAUGUCCAUGGUGGUUGGGAGGGAAGCGCCAACGACUCCAGGGUGUUUGAAGAAGCUAUUAAAGACCCAAAGCAUGGCUUCCCAUGGCCACCGGAAGGUUCCUAUUACUUGGUUGAUUCGGGGUAUCCCAUUGGUGCAUCAUUCCUUCCACCACAUAAGGCCACCCGAUAUCAUACUCAAGAACCUUGGUAG